AUGGCGCCCUUCCUAGUCUGUACCGUAUAUGUAUGGUUCCCCUCAAGGAGACAAAAAGCCUUCACCGUUACCACCUCUGGUUUUGUUGCUUUUGGUUGCUAUGCUUCUGGGCAAGGCCCUUUGAAGGUAAAGGAGGUACCAAUACCAGUAGGGGUAGUUCUUGAUCUAAAACUCGUCAGUAGGAAUUUUGGCUAUGGCGCUGCAUGCGAAUGGCACAUCAUGACUUUUAUAAACGUUGUCCUCAUUAUCAAACAAGGCUUGAUCUUCGAACUAGGGAUUCUGAGAAUGAUGUCGUUAGAGCAGCAUCCGCAGAACUUGGGAGCAAACUUCACGUGCCCAUCAUCUCGUUCUCAGCCACAAGCCCGUCCCUUCUCCAACACGAAGCAAUUUUUCAUAAGGACAGCACAAGAUGAUUACCCACAAGUGAAGGCGAUAGCUGCCAUUGUUGAAGCUUACGGAUGGCGUGAAAUUAUCCUAAUCUAUGAAGACAACGAAUACGGCAACGGUAUGAUUCCACAUCUCACAGACCGCUUGGAAAAAGUUAACUCGCGAGUGCCUUACAGAACGCAUCAUCAAUCAAAUUCUAAGGAAUCUGAAAUUUUAGAAGAGCUGAAAACGCUAAAUCAAAGUCGACCAAGAAUAUUUCUAGUUCACAUGACUAGUGAUCUUGGGUCUAAAUUUUUCUUAGUUGUGAACAAGGCUAGGAUGAUGACCGAAGGCUAUGGGUGGAUAGUCACUGAAGGGCUAUCUAAUAAGUUAGACCCUUUGAGUUUAGAAGUGAUGGAUUCUAUGCAAGGUGUUCUCGGGGGUUUCUAUGAAGCACGAAGAGAGACCAAACAUGCGGAUCUUCUUAAGGCCUUAGAGUCCAAGUCUUUGGCUAGCCACAGGGAAUCCUUUGUCAAAAGGCUUCUAAGAGAUCAGUUGGGAUUUAAGGAUGAAAAGUUGAAGGCUUACGAUAUGCCUGAAGAAUAUGAUCAAGCUCUCUCUAGUGGUGAGGUCGCUGCUAUCUUUAAUGAAAUCCCUUAUCUAAAGCUCUUCCUCUCCAAAUAUGGUUCUAAGUAUGCUAUGGUUGGACUGACCUAUAAAACUGAUGGAUUAGGCUUUGCAUUCCCACUAAAAUCUCCUCUAGUGUCCUACUUUUUGAGGGAAAUCCUUAAUGUGAUUGAAGAUAAAGAAAAGUUUCAAAAGAUUAUGAACAGGUACUUUUCAGGAGGAAUCGUAUCUGAAGAUGAAAGGGAGUCAAUUCCAAAUAGUCCAAGUCUUACUAUGUCUAGCUUUGGAGGACUUUUCAUCAUCACCGGGUUAAAGGCUCAAAUAGUGAAUUGCUUUGAUCGAAAUAAUGACUACUCUCUAAAUAGAAGUGAUUCAAGAAUAUUCCCCGCAAGUAAUUCUGUAGAUGGAGAUGGAGAAAGCAUCCUUGCCACUGAUAAUGUUGCUCCGAAUGAAGAGGACCAUAUGGUUUCUUCAGAGCAUAGUGAUGAUUUUACCCAUAGGCAUUAA